AUGUUUGGAGCAAAGGCCCUGGCUCUUCAGCCCAGGACUCAGACAAGUCUGGCUGGGUCUUGCUUCAAAGUGCCCCAAGCUGUGGAAGUCGGAUUGCUCAGGUCUGAGCUGUUGGCAGCCUUCACUGCCGCACGCUUUCAGAAGAAGCUCCACGAGCUGGAAAGAGCCAGAACCCUCAGCUCGGAUCCAUCCUAUCGUGCGGCAUUCCGGAAGCUGGUUCGAAAGGAGCAGGGCCAGGUUAUUCCGAGGUAUGGCUUCGACGCCAGUGAAUCAGGAGUCGAGCAGAUGCUUGCAGCUUUCGAGGCAUUUAAAGAGGAUCCCGACAUCUACGUCAACUCGAUUGCAAUCAAGGAAGCACUCGGCCAGACCAAACCAUCCAGUCCUCGCCUCUCCGACAGCUUCCCGCGGAAAGUCGCCUCCGUGGACUGCAAAGAUUUCGUCAUCCAGCUACUUCGCGCCCAGCUCGUUGCAUUCAGCCACCCUGCCUUCCAGAAGUCCAUCAGGGCGCUCAAGCUCAAAGCUGCCGAUUCUGAAGAGGGCUUCUACCACCUGGCAGGUCGGGCCCAGCUGGCCUUGACUGUCCAGCGGCUGAUCCUGCCCAGGUUUGGAUUUGAAGCAACCCGAGAAGGUGUUCAAUCAAUGAUCAUGCACUGCGCCCCAUAUGCCAAUGAACCAGAGGUCGCUAUCCUCUUCGAUGGAGUCAACACCAGGCUGGGCAUGACCCACGCAGCCUGCCGCCGCUUCCGGGACAUGGCCCGGAGCCUUGCGGCAUCGAGGCCUCAAGCGUGA